CCUGCCUCAGUCAACCUGGGGCAGCCCAGCAAGGGACACAGAGGAUCUGAUUUCUGAGUAGCCUUGGGGCUGGAGUGGAGCUGACCUUCCUCCACCCUUCCCAGCUUAGACCUGGUGUUGGGCCUCCAGGCUUCCUGCAUCCACCUGGGGGCACUGUUACUUCCCAUUCCCUGCUAAAUUCACCCCUUUUCUCUUCUUAGACUCCCUAGGAUGAAGGUGACUCCCAAUACCGGCCCAGACCUCUCCAGGCACUGGUUGAGGACCUUCAAACAUACGCAGAAGCUCCCUUGCUUCCAGCGUGUGCAGAGCACCCCUCAGCACAGGUUCCCCUUCACUACAGAUACCCUCAGCACAGACCCCCACCCCCAUGCAGAGAGGCCCCCAGUAAAGCUCCCUAGCACCCAAGGCAGAGCGCCCUCUCUCCUGUUAAGGGCUAAGUCACCGCUCACGGAGGACUCCGCCUGGAGGUCGCAAAGACCGCCGACCUCGUUCUGCACUGCAGCAUCGCAUCAUCACCAGAUGCCCCACAGCUGGGAGCGCCGCCAGUGAGACGUGCCAGUCCGGCACCUUCACGCGGCCCCUUUAAGGGCGGGGGUUCGUGCACGAGCCGCUCCGCCUUCUGCCCUGCUCCGCCCGCUGCCCUUAAAGGGGCCACGCCCGCCUCGCCGCGGAGCUGGAGCGGUCGGAGGGUUCGGAUCCGGCCGGCGGGCGGGGACGGCGGCCGAGUGAGGGCGGAGCGGUCCUGGGUGCGGGCAGGCGUACCAUGUACACCAUCACCAAGGGGCCCAGCAAGCUGGUCGCACAGCGCCGCACAGGUCCCCCGCAGCAGCAGGUGGAAAGCAGGCUCGGUGAGCUCCUGAAAUGCCGGCAGCCCGCGCCGCCGGCUUCGCCACCCCCGCGGGCUCAGCCUCUGGCGCCGCAGCCCGGACCCUGGCCCUUGUCGAGUCCAGGGCCAAGACUUGUGUUCAAUCGAGUGAAUGGCCGUCGGCCCCUCACCACAUCCCCAUCUCUUGAGAGAACCCAAGAGACCUACACACUGGCCCACGAGGAGAAUGUCCGCUUUGUGUCCGAAGCCUGGCAGCAGGUGGAGCGACAGCUGGAUGGUGGCCAGGCCAGUGAGAGUGGGCCAAGGCCUGUGCAGUACGUGGAGAGGACACCCGAUCCCCGGCUACAGAGUGAGCCCCCAGCCCUGUUCCCAGGAAUUCUCCCAGACCCCGUACCCCAAGGGAGCCCUACUCCAUGUUACUGUCUUCCCUUAGCCUCUCUGUCCUGACCUGGGUCCUGCCAGGGGCUUGGGGAGGGGAUUCCUGAGCUGGACGCCUUCUUCCCAAUGCCUGAUGUUUGGAAUCUGAGUGAGGGGCCUGUGCUCAGCUUAAGGGCAGAGACAGUGACCAGUCUGGAAGGUGGUGUCACUGUCCAGCUUCUGCUCUGCCCACAGACUUUGUGCCCAUCGACCUGGACGAGUGGUGGGCACAGCAGUUCCUGGCUAGGAUCACCAGCUGUUCAUAGUGGCUGCCUGGGAAUGAACACUGCCAAGACGGACCCUUGGCCAGAGAAGGCCAUGAUAUCCUCCACCUUGUGGUCGGCUAGAAGCUGGCCUCACCUGAAGUGCCACAUUUGGACUUUUGUACCUUUGGUUCCUUGGCCCAGCUGUCCCAAGCUGGCAGGGGCCAGAAGCGGAACCUGUCUGACCUCAGUCCUGCUCACUGCCCAGGGACCAGCCCCUGGGGCUGGCAGGGAAGAGCUGCAGGCUAAUAAAGUUGAGAAACUGCCCUUUGGAGUGGCCUUGA